GCGGGCAGCGGGUGCGGGCAAACGAGCCCCUGGUCCGUCGGCAACGCUCGGCGAGCAACGAUGGGCGCUGACUGUGUACGCCACGGGCGCUUGACCCCGGUCACCUCAUGCCCGCGACACCCGAGUCUGUAUUUGCACCUGGGAUUUUGCUGACUUUAUGGAAUCCCCUUAAGCCGAAAGCUGCUCAGAUCUGACAACGGUUCUGGAGAGCGAGAGCUCGCGCGGCGGAGGGACGCGACCCCCACCCGCUCCCGGAUCCGGCGGGUCCUCCGGGCCUGCAGGCGGCGGUGCGGCCCGCAUGGGCGGCGGCGGAAGGAGCGGCCGCCCGGCUUGGCCGGGGGGUGGGAGGAGGCGACCCGCCCCGCCCUGCGUCUCCGCGCCGCGUCUCCGCCAUGGCGCCUUACCUGGCGGCUCUGCCACGGCUUCUCUGCGCGGGUGUCUGGCCCAGGCCGCGCUGGUCGGGCGUCCUCCAGAAGGUGACCCCAGGGCUGGCUCGGCCGAGCCGCAGGACGCUUGGAAGCGGCCCGGACCCUGCGGUCAGCGAGCCCGGGGACAGCAGCGACUUCAGUGACAAGAUUCUCAACGAGCCACUCAAGCACUCUGACUUCUUCAACAUCAAGGAACUGUUUUCCGUGAAAAGCCUCUUUGAAGCCCGAGUGCACCUGGGACAUAAAGCUGGCUGUCGGCACAGGUUUAUGGAGCCGUACAUCUUUGGGAGCCGCCUGGACCAGGACAUCAUUGACCUGGAGCAGACAGCCUCGCACCUCCAGCUGGCCUUGAACUUCACCGCCCACGUGGCCUACCGCAAGGGCAUCAUCUUGUUCGUGAGCCGCAACCGGCAGUUCUCGCACCUGAUUGAGAACAUGGCCCGGGACUGCGGCGAAUACGCCCACACCCGCUACUUCAAGGGCGGCCUGCUGACCAACGCCCCACUCCUCUUUGGCCCCACGGUCCGCCUGCCGGACGUCAUCAUCUUCCUGCACACGCUCAACAAUGUUUUUGAGCCCCACGUGGCCGUGAGGGACGCAGCCAAGAUGAACAUCCCCACCGUGGGUGUUGUGGACACCAACUGCAACCCCUGCCUCAUCACGUACCCCAUCCCCGGCAACGAUGACUCGCCCCCGGCCGUCCACCUCUUCUGUAGGCUCUUCCAGACAACUAUCAACCGGGCCAAGGAGAAGCGGAGGCAGGUUGAGGCCCUGUACCGACUGCAUGGCCAGAAGGGGACCCAGGGCCAGGAAUCAGCCAACCCUUCCUCCAGGGUAGGCAUGAGCCUUUCCCUGUGACAUAAAGCCCUCUUCCCAAGUCAUACAACAGUCACGCCUGUUUGAGUUGGGAAUCGCUGUCCCCAGCUCUAGGUCCCAACAGCAGCAUUCAUGGGCCUUCCAGGUACUUGGUCCUUAUUACUAGUGACAGUACAUGGCCACCCAAGGUUUCCCUUUCAACCCAGGGCCAAGCAGACCAAGACUGUCUUCUGCAUUUUUUCUGUGGGGAACAGAACACAGAGGGCAAAGGGCUUGUCCAGAACAGCCCACUCAGCUGCAGCAAGGCCUGGAAGCCUGGUGUGUCGAUUGCUGCUGCGGCCAACCCACUGGGAAGCUGGGAUCUGAGAAGUCUUUGUUUCUACCUUAAUGCUAGACCUUUCUUAGGAAGGAUCAUGUACCAACUCAAUUUUACUUAACCAAAAUAUCUUCCAGUAGGACUGCUUUCCAGGCUGCCUGGUUUCAGGGGCAAUUUUGUUAUGCGUUGUGGAACAAGCAGUUCAGGGCUCCCCGCCAGGUUGGGACAGGCUAGGCGAAAUGGCAUGAGUCCAGCAGAAAUAAAAGUUUGAUUUGGGCAAA